GUGAAGAGAAACAGGAUGCCAACCGUAGCUUUUACGAAACAUGCGGAAUUCCGGGUGUGGUAGGAGCAGUGGAUGGAACGCACAUCCAAAUGAUAAGGCCAUCAAAUGACGAGCAUUUAUUUUUUAACCGAAAGCUUAAGCACAGCAUAAAUGCAAUGGUGAUAUGUGAUCACAAAAUGCAAAUUAGAGCCGUGAAUGGUAGAUUUGGAGGUGCAUCGCAUGAUUCGCACAUAUGGAACUUGUCCGGUGAGCGCGAAUAUUUAAAAACUGCCUAUGAAAACGGUGACUCUGGCCAACGAAUUCUUGGUGACUCAGGAUAUCCGUUGGAACCAUGGCUCCUUACUCCAUACAGGAAUUCUACGGAGGAUUCAGACGAACAUUUUUUUAAUCAAAAACAUUCAAAGGGAAGGUCGUUAAUUGAGAGAGUUUUUGGCGUUUUGAAAGGCCGAUUUCGUUGCCUUCUACCUUCAAGGGAGUUGCACUAUGCUCCAGAAAAGGUUGUGCAAAUACUAAAUGUUUGUUGUGCUCUGCAUAAUAUAUGUAUAAUGUUCAAAGUUCAUCCUCCCAGUUAG